UGCCCCAUCCUUGGUGUCAGUGGGGGGAGGAAUAGUGCCCCAUCCUUGGUGUCAGUGGGGGGAGGAAUAGUGCCCCAUCCUUGGUGUCAGUGGGGGGAGGAAUUGUGCCCCAUCGUUGGUGUCAGUGGGGGGAGGAAUCGUGCCCCAUCCUUGGUGUCAGUGGGGGAGGAAUAGUGCCCCAU